AUUACAUAUAGAGAAAUUGUAUCUCAUCUUAAUUUGCAGCUUUCAGCCAUUGUUAGCCAUGGAGAGGAAAUCUUGCAUUGCGCUUGUACUUUUGCUCUUCAUUGUCUUGGCUUCACAAGAGAUGGUGGUGCCAAGCGAGGCAAGGGUUUGUCAGUCACAGAGCCAUGGGUUCCGUGGACCAUGCAUCCGCCACCACAACUGUGCUCUCGUCUGCAGGAACGAAGGCUUCUCCGGUGGCAGAUGCCGCGGCUUUCGUCGCCGUUGCUUUUGCACUCGCCUCUGUUGAUCACUGGGUCGUCAUUGAUUAACCAGGUCGAUCGGUCGUACAAGAAAAUGCGUUGCAUGUUAUAUGCAACUAGCUCUAGAUAGGAAAUUAAUAAAUGGAGUUUUCUUCCACGCGUUAGAUCGAGGGAAGUGUUAUCAUGUUAUUCUGGUUACUUAAUUGUGGUAUU